CGUGCGAGAUCUGAUCGAGAGGGUGGAUCGACGAAUACGAUUGCCAACCAACCCGUGAGAUCAGCACUAGGGGGAGGGGGAGAUGAGGGGAAGGGGGGAAUAUCGAAAGAAACGGGGGUGUUUGGAUGUUUUGAAUAGCAGACCAGGUGUAUUAUUAUGCUGUGUGAGUAUUGUUAUAGGUAUACCUGCACUUUUGGCGGAUAUAGGUGCCAAGGUGGAAGGAUGGGAGGGGCACGUAUAUCAAAGUACGUGCAGGCGCGAUAAACCCGCACGUAAUAUUAUGAUAUAGCCUCUACUACGUGCGUACGUACGUGUGUAUGUGAAGGUUGAAAAGCUGG